AUGGAUCUACUGGUCUCUUUGCGUUUCAGAAUGGAUAAAUCCUGGAUGAGUACUGAUAGAACGAAGAAACGUUAUAGAGAAGGAGUUGCGGCGUUUCUGCGGUAUGCUGUCAACCAUCUCAAGGAGGAGGGUGAGACAUAUGAUGAAUUUCUUAUGUUGUGUCCGUGUACAAAUUGUUUAAAUCUCUGUGCAUGCUCCGUUGGCGACGUAGAAGAUCAUUUAUUCGUAAAUGGAAUCGAUCAAACGUAUACUAUUUGGAAUAAGCAUGGGGAAAAGGAUGAGGCAAUAACUAGUAGUAAGCCAGUUAACGUCAACAAUGGUAUGCACGCUGAAUUUGAAAUGGGAACUCCCACUGAUGCUCCAGACGAAGAUUUUGGAAUGGGAACUCCCACUGAUGCUCCAGACACUAUAGAUAUGAUGCAGGCUGCAGAAGAGUUCGCAGAUGACCCUAUAAAGUUUAAAAAGUUACUUGAAAAUGCUGAAAAGCCCUUAUACGAAGGAUGUCCCAACUUCACAAAGUUGUCUGCAAUUGUGCAGUUGUUUAAGUUGAAGAGUAAGCACGGUGCAUCAGACAUGUUUUUUAAUGAAUUGUUACCCUUGUUAAAGGACAUGCUUCCCAAAGAAGGUAAUUUAAUGGCGAGGAGUACAUAUCAGGCAAAAAAAAUAUUGAAAUCAAUGGGUUCAGGGUACACAAAGAUACAUGCAUGUAUCAACAACUGCAUUCUUUAUUGGAAUGAGUACAAGGAUGAAAAAGUGUGUCCUACUUGUAAAGCACCCAGAUGGAAAGUUGACAGGGAUGGUAAAGUUUACGAGAAUGUUCCAGCAAAGGUAUUGUGGUACUUCGACAUCAUCCCAAGAUUUCAGCGGCUGUUUCAAUCGAAGCACACAGCAAAAGAUUUGAUAUGGCACGAUACCACUAGAAACAAAGACGGUGUUUUACGUCAUCCGGCAGACUCACAUGCUUGGAGAGAGAUAGAUAACAAUUUCCCAGAAAUUAAAGGUGAUCCAAGAAAUCUGCGGUUAGCUGUUUCGGCUGAUGGAGUUGAUGUAAACACAGAUGGUGCGCCAGGAAACAACAUCGAUGUCUUUUUAGAACCUCUUGUUAAAGAUUUUCAAUUCUUAUUUGAGAAGGGAAAGAGAACAUGGGAUGCAUAUGCCCAAGAAAUUAUUAGGCUUCAUGACUCAAACAAGAAUGUUUAUGUUGGUUAUAGAAGAUUUUUACCCUAUGAGCAUCCGUUCAGAAGGCAGAAGGGGGCAUUUGGCGGAAAACAAGAGUGGGAGACUGCUCCAGAACCAAUGACCGGGGAAGAAAUAUAUGAGGAGAAUGUGGGACAAAGUCUUGUUGGAACGUUGCUGCACAACGGGAAUACAAAAGAUGGAUUAAACGCCAGAAAGGAUUUGGUGCGUUUGGGGUUAAAAUCGGAGUUACACCCUAAGACAGAUGACAAAGGAACGAUACUUCCCGCAGCAUGUUAUACAUUAACUACGGAAGAAAAAGACAUAUUCUUGGAGACACUAUCCGAGUUAAGAGUUCCAGAAGGAUCAAUAUCUGCCAAAGAAAUCAUGGUGGAAGAGCUAGAUAAAUUGCAAGAGGAUCUCUGUGUGACGUUAUGCUUACUAGAGAAGGAAGUGAAGUUAUGCGGUCCGGUUUGCUUUCGAUGGAUGUAUCCUUUCGAAAGGUGUAUGAAGGUUAUAAAGGGGCAUGUGCGAAACAAGAAUCAACCUUGUGGAUGCAUUGCCGAAGAGAAUGUUGCAGAAGAGACGAUUGAGAUAUAUUGUGAGUACCAUAAAAGCAUCAGGACAAUUGGUAUUCCACUAGAUAGGCAUAAUACAUCUCAGGAGGGAGAACCGUUAUCAGCUGAAGAGCCGUGUAUAGUUACCCCUGAACAGUUGAGACAAGCACAUUUCUAUGUAAUGCAGAACACGCCUGAAAUUGAGCCUUACAUAGACCGACACAAGCUAUAUUUGGAAACUAACUAUUCUACUAAAAAGCGAGCAUGGCUAGAGAAAGAGCACUCUAACACUUUUGGCGCUUGGUUAAAAAAUGAGGUUGAAAAAGAGUUGGCAGACGACAGAGAAAGUAUCUCAGAGAACUUAAGAUGGAUAUCACACGGCCCGCACUACGAGGUAACGAAAUACACUGUAUAUCGCAUCAAUGGAUAUCUAUUCCGCACAAGAUCCCGUGAUGGUAGAAUUCACCAGAAUAGUGGGGUUAGCGUUGCAGCAAAUGACAUGCACAUAUCUAGAGAUGAUGAUGUUACAUAUGCCUCACAAGCUAAGCAGGUAUUUUAUGUCAAAGACCAGUUAGAUAAGAAAAAGUCUAUUGUUUUUGUGACACCUCCCAAAAAUUAUAGAGAUGACGAUGGCAACGAUGAGGAAUUCAGUACAGUAAUCUUUUCUGCGAAUGAUAAUAUCUUGCCGUCUGUAGAUCCACAAGACUUGGGUAAAGAAUCCCGAAAUGAUUACUUCCGAACUGACUGCCGAGGUUUACUUAUACGCAAGCCAAAAUGA